GUGAAAUGUAGCUGAGAGGGCAUUCCAGAAUCAACCGCAUUGUUGUAGUCUGAAGUCACAUGUAGGCCAGACCAGGUGAAGACAGCAGAUUUCCUUCCCAAAAGGACACGAAUGAACCAGAUGGGGAAACUAGCAGAGAGUGACACUAUUAACUUAUUGGCAACAUCCAAAACCCAGCAGCCUGUAGGGCAUAUAAAAGUCCAAGUUCUUCAGUGGCUCUUUCAGCAUCACAGCAACACAGAAAGAAGAUGUACCAAGUCCUCCUCACUGUGCUACUCACGGCCAGUGCUUAUGGCUGUGGGCAAACCAGCUACCCUCCAUAUUCCUCAAGGGUGGUGAAUGGAAUUACUGCACGGCCCUACAGCUGGCCAUGGCAGAUUUCUCUGCAAGUCAAUCAUGGCAGUUCAUUUUCUCACACGUGUGGUGGAACUCUAAUUUCCACAGAUUGGGUUAUGACUGCAGGCCACUGUAUCUCAGAGGGACGGUCUUAUCGUGUGGUACUGGGAGAAUUCAACAGAGAUGUUCAUGAGGGCGGAGAGCAGGUUAUAAGUCCUGCCAAAAUUGUUGUUCACCCAGGAUGGAAUAAGAACUGUGUUUCAUGUGGGAACGAUAUCGCCUUGAUCAAGCUUUCAAAGCCUGCAUACCUGAAUGACAAAGUUCAAGUCGCCUGUAUUCCUCCUUCCGGGUAUCUUCUUCCCAAUAACUUUUACUGUUACAUUACUGGAUGGGGACGCCUCUACACUAAUGGCCCACUUCCAGAAAAGCUACAGCAAGCUUAUAUACCAGUUAUUGAUUAUCAGCACUGCAGCCAAAGGGACUGGUGGGGCAGCACAGUGAAACCGACUAUGAUUUGUGCCGGAGGUGCUGAAAAGGCUGGAUGUAAUGGAGACUCUGGUGGACCUUUGAACUGCAAGGGUUCUAAUGGGCUGUGGUACGUCCAUGGUGUGACCAGCUUUGUGUCAUCUAGGGGAUGCAACACCCCUAAAAAACCUACUGUCUGGACUCGGGUAUCUGCCUUCACUGACUGGAUUGCCCAGACCAUGGCCUACAAUUAACUAAUGGAGGAAAAGACUGACUCUCAUCAGAUUGUUGUCCUACGAUCAGCAAUAAACUAAAUUAUGAAGUGAAA